CGCGGGACAGGCGCAGGACUCCGGCGUCCACAGUGAAUGAACGCCCGCGGAUCUGCCUCCUUUAUGUGGAUUAAACUCCUCUUCUUCUUCCUCCGCCCUCAUCCUCCUCCUCCUUCCCUCACCUCCUCAUCCCUCUCUCCUCUCUCCCCUCCCUCCCCUGCCUGCUAAUUUUUUAUGCAUUUUUCUAAACUGUCAUGGCGAUUUUGUGUCCUUGGAAAUAAAAGAAGAAGAAGCGCCAGUGGGGGGGGUUUUCUCUUGGUUUUCCGGGCGGAGGAGAUGGAGACGUCUCGCCGGUGAGAGCGAGCGAGUGUCCGGAGCAGAUGCAGUGAAGGGAUAGAAGAUGAAAAUACACAAAAAGGACAAGCAGCAGAUGUUCACUGGUCUCCUGAAGCACACGGCACCCCCGGCCUCCGCUGCAGCAGCCUCCUCCUCCUCGGCCUCGGACCAAAACAGCAACGCACAAACCGUGGUUCCUACCAUCCCACGGGGACACCUGGUCUUGGGCCCCAGGGAUCAGCUCCGCCUCAUCUCCCCCGUGGGCAGCACGGCCACGUCCAAUCACUGCACGGCCGCCGGGGCCCACGCCACUAGACACUCCGGAGGCGCCCCGCGGCCGCCGUCCUCCAUGAGCGAGGAGGACGAUGGAGGAGGCGGAGGCAGGGUGAAGAAGAAACGAAAGAAAAAGGACAAGAGACAAUGGGAGCGAGGGACCGUCGAGGAAAGGGACAGCAGCAAACCAAAGAAACGAAAGGAUGAGAAGCAGGCGAUGGUGGUCACGCUGAGGAAGAGCAAGGAGCCCAAGGAAGGCAAAGAGCGGAGGGAGCGCCGGAGCAAGGGGAAGGAGGGCAGGAAGGAGAGCGGCGCAGACCUGAAGAAUGCUCCGGCAGGAAAAACGGCCGCUGUGGCUGCCGGAGCAGCUCAGGUGCCGGUGAAGGUACCUGGAAAGAGGGGGAGGAAACCGAAGGUCAAGAUCCUUCCUCCUGUUCCGACGAAUCCAGCAGCACCUCCUGCUUCCAGGCAUAACGCCAAGGUGCAGAUCCACGGCACCCACACCAAGAACCACGGCCAGGCCAACAGCAAGACCCCCGUCCCCUCGGCACCAAAACAGAGGGGCCGCAAACCCAGAGAUCCUGGCGCAGCGCCCGUGGAGAAGAAGAAGAAGGGGAAGAGGAGAAACCAGGAAGCGGCUGUCCACGAGGGGGCGGAGAGUGACGACACUACCUCAAUGUCAGCCGUCAACAUGGGCGGAGAGGACAGCCAAGACCCCCUGGACAUUGCGAAGCGGCGUUCAGGGCGACAAGUCAAGAGGAGGAAGUAUAACGAGGAUCUGGACUUCAAGGUGGUGGAUGAUGAUGGAGAGACGAUCGCGGUCCUCGGAGCCGGUCGCAUCUCAGCGCUCAACGCCACCGCUCUGGCGUGGCAGGCUGAGGAGCCACCUGAGGACGAGGCCAACAUCAUCGAGAAGAUCCUGUCCGUCAGAACGCCGAAGAAAGAGACCCCGUCGUCAGAGGACCAAGUGGAGGAGACCGAGGAGUUCUACGUCAAGUACAGAAAUUUUUCCUACCUACACUGCAAAUGGGCCACGCUGGAGGAGCUGGAGAAGGAUCCCAGAAUCCACCAGAAGAUUAAACGCUUCAGGACCAAACAGGCCCAGAUGAAACAUCUGUUCACAGAGCCUGAUGAGGACAUAUUUAACCCGGACUAUAUCGAGGUGGACAGAGUCCUGGAGGUGGCUGUUACCACUGAUACUGAGACUGGAGAGGAGGUGACUCACUACCUGGUGAAAUGGUGCAGCCUCUCGUACGAGGAGGCGACCUGGGAGCUGCAGGAGGACCUGGAUCCAGAGAAGAUCAAGGAGUUCGAGCACAUCCAGAAAAUGCCGGCAGACCUCCGACACAUGGAGCGACCUUCCUCAGAGAAGUGGCAGAAGCUGGACAAGUCGAGGGAUUACAGGAACGGAAACCAGCUCAGAGAAUACCAGUUAGAGGGAAUGAACUGGUUACAAUUCAACUGGUACAACAGAAAAAACUGUAUCCUGGCCGAUGAGAUGGGAUUGGGAAAGACCAUCCAGUCCAUCACCUUCCUGUACGAGAUCUGCAACAUGGGGAUCCGCGGGCCCUUCCUCAUCAUCGCGCCGCUGUCCACCAUCACCAACUGGGAGAGGGAGUUCCGCACGUGGACGGACAUGAACGUCAUCGUGUACCACGGCUCGCAGAUCAGCCGGCAGAUGAUCAUGCAGUACGAGAUGUUCUACAGAGACUCGCAGGGUAACAGUAUCCCAGGCGUGCUGAAGUUCCAGGGCCUGAUCACCACCUUCGAGAUGAUCAUGGCCGACUGUCCGGAGCUGAGGAAGCUGCACUGGCGCUGUGUGGUGAUCGACGAGGCCCAUCGGCUGAAGAACAGGAACUGCAAGCUGCUGGAGGGACUGAAGCUCAUGAACCUGGAACACAAGGUUCUGCUCACAGGAACCCCUCUGCAGAACUCUGUGGAGGAGCUGUUCAGCCUGUUGAACUUCCUGGAGCCGCUGCAGUUUCCCUCAGAAAGCAGCUUCCUGGACGAGUUUGGAGAUCUGAAAACAGAAGAACAGGUGAAGAAGCUUCAGGCCAUUUUGAAGCCGAUGAUGUUACGAAGACUUAAAGACGAUGUGGAAAAAAACCUGGCUCCCAAAGAAGAGACAAUCAUCGAGGUGGAGUUGACCAACAUGCAAAAGAAAUACUACCGAGCGAUCCUAGAGAAGAACUUCUCCUUCCUGUCCAAAGGAGCGAACCAGCACAAUAUGCCAAACCUCAUCAACACCAUGAUGGAGCUCCGCAAGUGCUGCAACCACCCGUACCUCAUCACAGGGGCAGAGGAGAAGAUUCUGGAAAGCUUCAGGAGGAGCCACAGUCCAGAUGCGCUGGACUUCCAGCUGCAGGCGAUGAUCCAGGCAGCCGGGAAGCUGGUGCUGAUUGACAAGCUGCUGCCCAAGCUGCUGGCCGGGGGCCACAAAGUCCUGGUCUUCUCACAGAUGGUCCGCUGCCUGGACAUCCUGGAGGACUACCUCAUCCAGAGACGCUACACGUAUGAACGCAUCGACGGCCGCGUGCGGGGGAACCUGCGGCAGGCGGCCAUCGACCGGUUCUGUAAGCCCGACUCGGAUCGCUUCGUCUUCCUGCUGUGCACCAGAGCGGGGGGGCUGGGAAUCAACCUGACGGCCGCCGACACCUGCAUCAUCUUCGACUCGGACUGGAACCCGCAGAACGACCUGCAGGCUCAGGCACGCUGCCACCGGAUUGGCCAGAGCAAAGCGGUGAAAGUCUACAGACUGAUCACCAGGAACUCGUACGAGAGGGAAAUGUUCGACAAGGCCAGUCUGAAGCUCGGACUGGACAAAGCUGUUCUCCAAGACAUCAACCGUAAAGGAAGCCUCAACGGGGUGCAGCAGCUUUCAAAACUGGAGCUGGAGGAUUUGUUAAAAAAAGGAGCGUAUGGAGCCCUGAUGGACGAGGAAGACGAGGGCUCCAAGUUCUGCGAGGAAGACAUUGAUCAGAUUCUUCAGAGACGAACUCAGACCAUCACCAUCGAGACUGAGGGCAAAGGAUCCACAUUCGCUAAGGCCAGUUUCACCUCAGCUGGCAACAGGACGGACAUUUCUCUGGACGACCCCAACUUCUGGCAGAAAUGGGCAAAGAUCGCUGAAGUGGAGAUCGACUCCAAAUCUGAGAAGGAGUCCUUGGUGAUCGACACGCCUCGGGUGAGGAAACAGACCCGUCACUACAACUCCUUCGAGGACGACGAGCUGAUGGAGUUCUCGGAGCUGGAGAGCGACUCGGAGGAUCGGCCGAGUCGCAGUCGGCGCCUGGGCGAGCGCAGCCGACGCUACCUCCGAGCCGAGUGCUUCCGGGUCGAGAAGAAUCUCCUUAUCUUUGGUUGGGGUCGGUGGAAGGACGUCCUCAACCACGGUCGCUUCAAGUGGCACCUGGCAGAGAGAGAUAUGGAGGCGAUCUGUAGAGCUCUGCUGGUUUACUGCCUGAGACACUACAAGGGUGACGACAAGAUCAAGAGCUUCAUCUGGGAUCUGAUCACACCCACCAAGGAGGGCGAGGACCAGACGCUGCUCAACCACUCCGGUUUGUCGGCUCCAGUCCCUCGGGGUCGGAAAGGGAAGAAGCUGAAGAACCAGCCGAACGUUCCUGAUGUGAAGAACGCUGACUGGCUGGCCCACUGUAACCCUGAGGUGGUCCUGCAGGACGAGAGCUACAAGAAGCACCUCAAACAGCACUGCAACAAGGUGCUGCUGAGGGUGAGGAUGUUGUACUACCUGAAGGUGGAGGUGUUGGGUGAGGCGGCCAAUCAGGCUCAGGAGGGGACACCUGCCAGUAAACUUGAGGUGCCGCUGCCGGACAUCGACUACAUUGAGAUUCCGGCCACGUGGUGGGACACAGACGCCGACAAGUCCCUGCUCAUCGGAGUCCACAAGCACGGGUAUGAGCGUUACAACGCCAUGCGCGCUGACCCGGAGCUGUGCUUCCUGGAGAGGGUGGGGAUGCCCGAUGUCACCGCGCUGACGGCUGAGCAGGGAGGAGGAGAGGGGCCGGCAGACAUGGCUGACAGUGUGUGUAAAACGGAGGAGGUGAAGGAUGAAGCCGAAAACAAAGCUGAGGGAGGAGAGGACCGAGACGAGAGCAGCAAGGGAGAAGAAACCUGCUCCAGCACUGAUACCUCGGACAAACCUGACAGCACCGGUCCAGACUCCCAAAUGUCGGCUGACGUCUGCGUCCAGGACGGGCCACUGGUCACCACCACAUCGACCUCGACAGGGACUGGGACGGGGACAGGGACUGGGACGGGCGUGGCGUCUCUGCACGUGGUCCAGGCUCGACCGGUGUGGCCCAGCGGCCCGGCCCUGACGGCUCGCGUGCGGCGCCUCAUCACCGCCUACCAGCGCUUCACGCUGCGCCGCGAGCCGAUGCUCAGACACGACUUCCUGCUUCACGACGGCCUGGCGGGCAUGGGGAUGGGGGGGGGCGGAUCCUCUCACAGCCAUCACGCCGGCGGGCCGCUGGCCUGGCAGCUGGGUGAGGAGCUGAGGAGGUGUUCUGUUGUCGCCACAGAACCGGACCCUCUGUUCCUGGAGUGGCAGAGGAGGUGGACUCGUCGAGAGCAGGCGGACUUCUACCGCACCGUGUCGUCCUACGGGGUGGUCUACGACCCCGAGAGGAAAACCUUCGACUGGUCCCAGUUCAGAGCUCUGGCCCGACUGGAGAGGAAGACGGACGAGAGUCUGGAGAGAUACUUUAACUCCUUCGUCAACAUGUGCAGGACGGCCUGCAAGCUGCCCCUGAGGAAAGAAGAAGGGCUGGUGGAUCCCGUUGUGCUGGUGGAGCCUCUGACAGAGGAGCGAGCCGCCCGGACUUUGUAUCGCAUCGAGCUGCUCCGCAAAAUCAGAGAGCAGGUUCUCCGUCACCCGUUACUCUCCGCCCGCCUCCAGCUGUGCCGCCCCUCCCUCUACCUCCCGGUCUGGUGGGAGACCGGCAAACACGACCGCGACCUCCUCAUUGGGGCGGCCCGUCACGGCUUGAGCCGAACCGACUUCUACAUCCUCAACGACCCCCAGCUGAGCUUCCUGGAGGCUCACAGGAACUACGUCAAGAGGCAGCCCUCUCACCUCCAUCAGGGUUACCACCACCACCCCGGCUUGUCCAUCUCGUCCUCUUCUUUCUCCUCGUCGCAUCCGCAGCUGCAGCAUCCUCACUGCUGCCUGUACGACUCGGGCCUCGGCUGCCACUCCCCUCAGCCUCCUGAAUACCCCCACCAGUCCUCUCACCACCACCAGCAUCACCACCAGCAUCACAUUAUGCCUCCAUCCGCUCCCUCUCCUUCCUCCUCGUCUUCCUCUUCCUCUCACCCUCACCUCCAGCCUCCACCACUGGAUGCCCACGAUUCUGCCUCACCGAGCCUGGGAUUGGUGCCCGGGUCUCGGGGAGAUUUCCUUGACUGUCCCCCUUUGGAUGAGUCCCUGGAGCUGAGUUCCCUGCAGCAUGACGCCAUGUCUGCAGAUGCUCUUCACGGAGGGAAAACCUCCAAAGACGCCCUCAACGGUUUCCCCUUCAACUCGGCUGCAGGAGGUCAGAGUAUGCUCAACUCGUACGUUGUGGGCGGAGCAGACCUGGAUUCUAAACUAAGGAGCGACGUGCUGGUGGGCGAGCAGGGUUCCUCAGAGGAAACUGGGCUGAUGGCGCCGUCAGUGGAGCUGGACCAGUUACAGGCUCCCUGGGACGGAACAGACCACUCCAGUCCUGCUCACCACAUGUUCAACGAGUCCGAUCCGAUCCUGGGUCCCUCCGCUCUGGAGGCCGGCUUUCUGGAGGAGGAGGACGAGGAGACGCAGGCGGGAGACAGAGGAGCGGAGGAAGGAGGGACCCUGGAGGAGUGUUUGGGCCUCCCGCCCUCCUCCUCCCCGUCCCACCCAUCUGCAGGAGAUUCAGUGGAGCCGCUGUCCUCCAGCUUCAUGCUCUUUAAGGACAUUGGUGUGAGCGAGGAGCCCAGCGCAGAUCAAACCGACCUAUCAGCGAGCCCCCCUCCGCCGUACGUCCCCCCUCCUCCCCUCUCUCUCUCUGACAUCACCGCCCAUGAGCCACAGGAUAGGCUGGGCCACGCCGACGUCGCCGAGAGCCUGACCAAUCCUGUGGACGAGGAAGAGGAGCGGGACGGGGGUGCUGGGUUUGAGUUCGAUGAGAAGGAGGAAGAAGAUGUGGAAGACUUGUCGGUGGAGAACAUGGAGCAGAGCGGAGACAAAGAAGGAGGUCAGCGUCUGGAAGGAGAACACAGUGACACACAACAAGCCCAAAGUUUGGGAGUCUUGAAUCCUCACAUGGACCAGAUCGAUGGGUUGGAACCAGAAGACCAGGACGAGACGAUGGAGGUGUCAAACCAUCUGUCUCAAGACUUCCAGCCGAGCUUUGAGGGAGUAGAGAGUAAAUCAGGCUUUCCCCGAGACGUGCAUCCUUAUCUCGGGAAGAUCGAGCAGUGUCCCGAGUCCAUUGAGGAGCCGGAGGAGGAGGUGGACGGGUUGAUUCUGUAUCAGACGAAUGAAAAGUCUGGAACUUUAAUAGGAAAUGCAUCUGAAGAGUUCCUGCAAGCGGGAGAUAUGGCAGAACAUUCCAGAGAGGAUGGUUCCAUGGAGCCCACAGAUCAAGUGGAUGAGGACGUCCCGGUGAAACAGUCGAACUGCUCCUCAGCUUCACUCCCCUCUGACACGGUGGCAUCAACGUCUGAUGAGACCCUCGCAAAGAACGGUGGGAAAACUGAAGUCUCCACAGAUCAGGAGAAUUACGAAGGUCCAGGUGAAGACUGUAAGAACGGAGCCUUGACAAUCUCCUCAUAUCAGGACAACAAAGACCAGCUGCUUCAGAUCCGACCUGUCGCCGCUCUGCCUGAAAACAGCAUGGACGCCAAAACACCUGAUCUUAAAUUUCCUCUGUCACCAGACGACGGUGGUGAGAAGACACUGACUCAACUGGAGCAGCCAAUCAAGUUGGAGGAGACAAAGAUGGAGGUCGUUGAGGAGGCGUUGCCCGUCUACCCUGACAGCUCUGAAGGCAGACGUGCAAAGUUUCUCUCUUACCCCGUCAAGUCAGAGAAGAUGGUGACCAAAGCGGAGCAGUUGGAUUUUCCCCUGAAAGAAGAAACCCUGCAGUCGAUCCCUGAAGAUCUCAGCAUCUCCAUGAAGCCCGAGCGCGUAGACCGCAAACCGGAAGUUCUCCAGUUUGCAGCCUUCUCCGAGGGCGUCGAGGUCAAGCCCGAAGCCAAACCAGUGGCUCUGGAGUUCGCUUCUUACCCAGACAUCUCCGGGCUCAAGAGUGAGACAGCUUUCCCCGACACGUCCGCCAUCAAGCCUGAGGCCAAGCCGGACGUCCUGGAGCUCGCGGCCUACCCGGACAGCUCGGAGGUCAAACCCGAGGCCAAGCCGGAGGACCUGGAGUUCACGGAGAUCAAAUGUGAGACGAAGCAGGAGCUGCUGGAGGCCGACAGCACGGUGCUCACCCCGAAGCUGGAGCAAGCAGACGGGCUGGUGGACUCCUCAGAGAGCCUGGUGGAGAGAGGCCAAGUGAAGGAGGAGAGGCCGAGCACACCGGUCCCUGUGGUGGAAGGAUACGCAGGCAGCCCCCGGUUUGCAGCUCCCAUCUCCAUGUGUGACCUUCCUGACGGCCUCCACGACGCCAGGGAGCCGACCAUCGCUCAGCUCCUGCAGGAGAAAGCACUUUACUCGUUUUCAGAAUGGCCGAAGGACCGGGUGAUCAUCAACCGCCUGGACAGCAUCUGUCACGCCAUCCUGAAAGGGAAGUGGCCUUGGCCCAGCGAGCAGCACGACGCGCCCGGUUCCCUCAGCGCCAACUCCUGCCUGGCCAACAGCUUGGCCCAGCAGCACCAGCACCACCACCACCAGCGAGCGGCGUUCCUCCCCACCACGGCCUCCAGCUCCGUCCAGGCACAGGCCAGAGGUCAGCAGACUAACCCAGGACUGGCGUUCCAGAUCCCUCCGCCUCUGACCAGACUACCCAAGUACGUGCCUCGGGGCGGCGCAUGCGGGCGCGGAGCUUGGCGCCUCACCUCCUUGCCUCUCUUACAGGAGAGGCUCGUGGCUCCUCCCUACCUCCCCGAGCUCAAACGCGCAGGAGGUCGAAGGUCGUUUGACUACGAGGCCGCGGCAGCUGCAGCCGCCAAGGUUUUAGCCGGGAAGUCGGCGUGCCACGCUGCCGCCGCCACUAGCUCCAGUGGUGAGAAGGGGCCGGUGGUGGCCCCGCCCUCUCACCGCACGGGAGCCAUGUUGAUGAACGGCUGGCAAGAAGCAGCCAUCGAUCUAACCAAGUCGUCCACAGAGAUAAGCACCACUAGUGGCUCGGCUGAGGCUGCGUCAGGAGGCAGCCACCACGGGGCCGGCAGCGGUCACAAGCUGCCGCCGCCCCCCAUCACAGCCCCGUUGUCUGGCUCUGUGGGAAUCGACAUGGCGGGGAUACUGCAGGCCGGGCUCAUCCAUCCUGUCACAGGGCAGAUAGUUAACGGGAGCCUGAGGGGAGAUGACUCACUGAGGAGGAGGAGAGGCAGGAGGAGAAACGUGGAGGCUCUGUACUCUGAGUUCACCAAGAGCCGAGGACUGCACCUCCCUGAGACACAGGGCCGGGUGGAUAUGAUCAGCCACUCCUCCGUCUCCUCCUCCACCUCCUCGCCGUCCCCCUCCCCUUCAGAGAGACCCGCGGGUCCUCCCACUCCGUCCACCUCCUCUACUCCCACCCCCACGCAGACGCCUCCUCAGCCGGAGAUUGUGGCGAUCGACCGGGAGGCGGCGAGCAAAGGUCUGAUCGAGUGGCUGAGACAGAAUCCGGGCUACAGCAUGGAUCUGCCCGCGUUCGCCCACUCUGGAGCAGGUCUGCUUCAUGGCUUCGUGGAGCGUCCCAAGCAGAGGAGGCAUCGCUGUAAAGACCCGACCAAGCUGGACAUCAACUCUCUGACGGGGGAGGAGCGGGUGCCCGUCGUGCACCGAGGCACUGGACGCAGGCUUGGUGGCGCCAUGGCUCCAGCCAUCAAAGAGCUCUCCAGGUGGCUGGACGCUAACUCGGAGUACUACGUGGCUCCGGACUGGGCUGACGUGGUCAAACACUCCGGUUUCCUCCCUGAGGGGAAGUUCUCUCGGAUCCUGACGGAACCAGUCAACCGGGACCCGAACUCUCGUCGGCGUGGGCGUCGGCCUCGCAGCGAGAUGCCUAAGCCCCUCCUCUCCGUCUCUGACUCCUCCUCCUCAGGCCUCGGCCCCCCGCUCUUCAUGAACGGCGGUUUGAUCGGCAGCAUGGACUCCAUGGUGGCCAUGCAGAAUCUCCGUGGUGGUAUUUCUGGAAUCCCCAUCUCGGGGAUCAUGGCCGCUGGAUUCCCUCACGGUUUCUCCUCCCAGGUGGGUGGAGCUGGAGGGUCGGCAGAGGACGCCAAGAACGGGAUGAGCAUGUUACCCAUGAUGCUGCACGGCAUCCCGCACCCCCAUGGGGCCGGGAUCUCCCAGCAUGCCUUGUUCAGCGUCGGAGCAAUGAUGGCCCACGCGCAGCCUCCUCACCCGAGCUCCUCCUCCUCUUCUUCUCUGUCAGCGCCGAAGGUCACCACGACAAUGGCGCCCUCCACAUCUGAGGCCAGCCCCUCAUCCACCACGCCCGCUGACAGAGAGAGUGCAGCUUCUCCGGCUGCCGGUGGCGAAAAGGACUGGAGCCCGGAGGAGAAAGGAGCAGCUGACACCAACAAGAGGCCGGGAGCGAUGGAGGCGGCGGCCAUCAUUACCUCCACCAGCAGGGCCCAUCUGGGCUCUAUGCACCUCGGAGCGAGCGCUGGCAGCCAUCUUACCUUCAACCCCUUCCUGAUCCCGGGCAUGUCCCACGGCCUGCUGUAUCCGCACAUGUUCCUGCAGCACGGGGGCCUCAUGGCGCUGCCCGCCAUGCCCCACGGCGUAGUAGACGGUUCCCCGGGAAGCCCAAAGAGGAGGAGGAAGAGAGGGAGGGAGGAAGUGGAGAGAGAGGAGGAGAGAGAAAGUACACUUAAGGUUAGCGUCGCCUCCCACCCAGCCUCCUCCGUGUCUCCCUCCAUCCCCUCUACCUCGGCUCCGGACCCAGGCCCCCCUCCGACUGAAGAGCCCCAGGGAGAAGAGCCCCUGUCCUCCGUGCAGGGAGACACGGAGGACGGGCCCUCGGAGCCCCAGGAAUCAGACUCCCACCCCCACCCCGAGGGAGCAGCAGCAACAGAGGAGGAGGCGGAGGGAUCGGAGGAGAAGCAGGAGACUGAGGAGCAGAGACAGGAAGACGGAGAGGGGGGGGUGUAGAGGAGGAGACAGACUGGACAGAGAGACUUCCUGCGCUCUCCUCCCGUCUCCUCUGCUGCUCCUUUUCUCGACUGAGCAACAGUGUAAAGUUUGUGCCGUGUCUGUCAGUCAAUGUCCAUGUAAAGACUUUUAUUAUGACGAUGACUAAUAAUAACGAUGAUGAUUAUAUUCAACUUGGUCAUGUUUAUAUACCAAGACCCCCCCCGCCCUCUUCACUCCCUCCUUGUAUACAAACAAGUGUAAGAAACGAUUCUUCUAUGUAUUCCUCCCCUUCAUUCUGCAUCAAGACUGAGUCCACACACACACACACACACACACACAGACACAGACACACACACAGCAGGGUAGAUCCUCUAACCCAGAAGGGAGUGAUUGUCGUGUUGUCACACAAUAAUCCAAGAUGGUUUGUUUUGACAGAUGUUUGGGACGCGCAGCUUCAGUUUGGUGUGUUUUGCACAGACAUGAGAUUUAAAGGAGGUGGUUUUCUUAACUCAUUCUGAAAGAACUCGUAGAAGAUCGAGCGGAGGAACACUAGGAUGAUGUUUUGGGCCAGAUUAACCUCGGAGAAUCUGAAGGGGCGUUCCCAGAAACACUGAAACACCUCCGUGACAUUCGACUCAGGCUACAUCCACACGACCACGUUUCGAUACCUGCUACAGAAGAAGCGUCCGAUCUUCUUUGGACGUUUGUAAACGCUGCUGAAUCCGUUUUAGUUGAAAAACUCACUCCGAGAUGUUUGGAAAUAAAAAAAAAAAUUGACACUCACAACCUCCCGCUGAUCGGGACCUUUCCCGUCAUGUCCUAACCUUCGCUGAUUCGUCAGGGUCCGGUCACAUGACCCACUUCCAGAACCAAUCAACUAGCCCGGCCUCGAGUGUAGAACACGAUAUGGAGAAUCAAUUCCGUGUGUUUUAGUUUUUAAAAAAAAAACAUUUACGUCGUAUGGAUGUAGCCUUAGAGUUCAAAUGAAACAGACAGACGCCCGGGAU